AUGUCAGGAAUAAUAAUACUAAAAACAAAAACUUGGCAACAAAUAACGGAUGUUAAUUCUGUAUUUCAGCUGCCAGAUUGGCAUUCAUUUUCUGCAGCACAAGUAACCUCAUCUUGUAUUCAAUGCAAUAGAGAAUACAUUGUCCACAUGUUUUCUGAUGCUCCAAGAGUUGUUAUGUUGGAUUCAGGUAUCAUUAAACAAGAAGAUAUGAGUAAUGGCUCGAAAUGCAGUAGUAGACUGUCAGGACUUGGCAUUACUAAGCUAUCUUUGUCACCUUCAUCUAAUAAUAUUAUAUAUUCAAGGGGCAAAGAUUUAACCAUUUCAAAUAUUCAAACUGAUAGUUUCAACACAUUAUAUUCAGGUGGAAUUCAAUGGAAAUAUGUAUCUAUGAACCCUUUGGAUGAUAGGUGCUUUAUAGCUUGGAAUGAUAAUGUAGUUUUAUUAUGGAAUAAAGCUUCUUGUGAUUCUCAUAUGUUACAAUAUGAAUCUACAGGUUUAAGUACAUCAAAUAAUUCAAAUUAUAUAUCUAAUUCAAUUAUUAUUCGUUACACUGAUCCAAGUGAGAUAUGUUAUGCUUACUUUCUUGUAGAUUAUGUAAUUGUAACUACAACAACUGGACACUUUGAUAUUUUUUCAGCAGGGCUUAGUCCUGGGGAAUAUUAUCGUAGUUUCCGGAGGAAUAGUUUAUUAUCAAUAAAUUCUAAGUUGGCUGAUGCUACUGUAACUCCUAUUCGUGAGAAUAUAAAGUAUACUUUGGCUUUAGAUGCAUUUAUAGUUUUGACCUUAUCAUUAACUGGGAACAUAAUUCAUAUAAAUAUAUGGAAGUUACCAAUAGAUCCUGCUAACCCAGAAGAAGAUUUGGAAUUAAUACAAAAUAUUACUUUACACUCUACAGAACCUCUGAAUAAUUCUACAAAGCUUCGAUUUGUAGGUCCAUUUUGGGGUGACUUUAUUGGAAUUCAGAUAUCUAAUCAGCUCAUUCUUUGUUAUUUGAGCUCACAAAAACCAAUAAAAGCUAUGUAUUUACUUCCAUCACGACUAUUAGAUGCAGCAGCGAUACGCCCACCACCUUAUACCACAUGGAUUGAUAUAAAAAAUCAAAAAAAUCUAUCUAAGGAUAUACCAAAUAGACUUUUUUUAGAGUUAUUUAUAUCAAAUAUUUUUGGUGGACUAGAAUCUAUAAUAUUACCACCAAUUGAAGAUGUAGAUAAGUUAACAAAUACACAAUAUGACAAUGGUACUACACCACAAGAUCUGUUUUUAUGCAAUAUUACUUCCAAUACGACAUCUAGUGAUACAACUAGAGAUAUAACUGCUGAUUAUUAUGCUGCAAUUAUGCAAAAUUCUGGGAUAAAACCUGGAUCAGUAUCAUUGCAACAUGGCAAUAUGACAACUCUUCCUUCAGAUCGUUCAGAUAUUUUGUCUUCCUUGUUUGGGGCUCUAAAUUUAGAACAUGGAUCAAUUAGUCCUCAAAUUGAAAGCAGCUCAACCCCAGUAAAUAAUGGACCAAUAUUAGAUACAUCUGCAAUUGUUCAAAUAAAUACAGCUAUAGAGGAUGGAAUUCAGAAAUCCUUAGUAAAAUGUAUUAAUACUGAAUUUAAAUAUUUGAUUAAUUCUUCUAUAAAGGAAAUAUAUGGUAUAAUGGAGAAGGAGAUAAAGACUAUUUUAACAAAGGUGAACUCUCUUGAGAAAACUGUGAAGGAGGAUAGCAAGAAGUUAUCUAAUAUGCUAAGACAAGUAGAAACAUUAACUAUAGAGUAUGGUGACAAAAUAUCAGUUAUAGUUCAAAAUUCUGAAAGAAAUCUGAAUACUUUGAUUGAUUUCUCAAAUAAUUGUUCAGAGCAAUUGUCAAUACUAAAGAGAUCAAGCGAAGCUGCAAGAGCAGCCCCGCUGGAUGAUUUAGCUCAAGUGAUUGCAGAUUCUUUUGGAACUUUGACAAAUACUGUAACUCAAUUACAGGAAAGUAUAACCAGAAUUGAACACAAAAAUUCAAAUUUUAAUACUUAUUAUGUAACUACAUCAACUACUAGAGAUACACCUCCAAAAAUAUCUUCUUUUGGUGAUGUGUCUAGACAAAUUGAAGAUUGUCUCUAUUUGCAACAAUAUGAUAAGGCUUUUGCAAUUGCGAUAUCUACAGAUCAGGCCAAUUUAUCAACAGGUGAUAUGGCACAGUCAUCACCUAAUUGUGGAAGUUGGGUUAUGUAUUUAGCUUGUAAAUUUGAUCCAUGCAUAUGGUUAGAUAAUGAGCCAUUACCUAUUAGUCAUCCAGUUCUACUUGGCAUUGCAAGAACAUUAUCAGAUACUUUACCACCUUUAAUUAGUACACUGUCUAGAAGUAAUCAUACUGUUAAUAAUUCAAAUGCACUAGCAGACUUGAAAUUUAGGAUUUUAUGGAUUAAAGAAGCUAUUCAUUGCUUUGAACCAUUCACAGAUACAUUAUUACCAGAUGACAUAACUCAACUACUAAAUGAGAUCUUGUCAAGAUUAAACCAAUGCUUAUUAUUACUAGAGGUGUCAGAGUCUACAAAGAAUCAUACCAACUUUAGUAACCUAGCAGAUGGAAUUGUCGUUCAUGAUUUGACGAGUGUUGUACGACAUAUUAAGAGGAUUAUUAGAACGAUAUCUUAUAGUUAUAAGCAGGGUAGAGCUGACCAUAAUUCCACUUCUACCAGGACGAUGCAACAAUCCUAG